AUGUCAUUAGUAAUAAAGAGGAAAACUUUCACCUUUAACAAGAUUUUGUCUUCUAUGCAGCUUGCCCAGUUUAGGCAGCGGAAGGCACAAACUGAUGGUCAGAAUGGAUCAAAGAAGAAGAAAAAGAAGAAGAGAACAGCAAACAUCAAAGAUGAAGAAUCAAUACAAGAUGGGGUUGAUACUGAUCGAUCUCAAGGUGAUGAAACAUUCACAUGCAGCAGCCAAAGGGGAGCAGCUGCUACUGCUGACUUUGCCAUUAUCAGGACUUUACAUAGUGGAGAAAUUAUAAAACACAGCCAGACUUACACCAUUGAGCCGGAAAGUGAAAUUUCCACCACAGUAGAAGAUUACAGUUCUGAGGAACUUGGAUUGAUUUAGGAAGAAGAAUUUGGAAUUGGAGAGAUUUGUUGUGAGCAUGGAAUGCAGCACACUCACACGCAGCUAGAGGUGAUGGAGAAUGAGUUGUCUGGGAAACAACAAGAGAUUGAAGAGCUAAACAGAGAGCUAGAAGAAAUGAGGGCCGCAUAUGGUACAGAAGGAUUGCAACAGCUGCAAGAAUUUGAAGCUGCUAUCAAAAAAAGAGAUGACAUUAUCACUCAGCUCACUACUAACCUACAGCAGGCACGGAAAGAAAAGGAUGAAACUAUGAGGGAGUUCUUAGAGCUUACUGAACAAAGUCAAAAACUGCAAAUUCAGUUUCAGCAUUUGCAGGCAAGUGAAGCCCUAAGGAACACCAGCCAUAGUUGCACAGCUGCUGAUUUAUUGCAAGCCAAACAACAGAUACUUUCACAUCAGCAACAGCUAGAAGAACAAGAAUGUCUGCUGAAGAACUAUCAAAAAAAGAAUGAAGAAUUUGAAAUACAGAUUACUUGUCUUCAAGACAAAAUCUCAACAUAUGAAAUGGAAAAACAGAAAAAUGAGGGAGAAGAUUUGAGUAAACUGCAAGAAAAAGAUGCAUUAGUUGAAGAGCUGAAAGCAAAACUUGAAGAAGAAGAAAAAAAUUCAUUUCAGCUUAAGGAAAAAUUAUCAGAUGUCAGUAAAUUACUUGAAGAAUUAAAAGAACAGAUUUCACUAAAGAACCAGGAGAUAAGUAAUAUGAGAGUUGAACUUACCACCUACAAACAGAAAGAAAGACAAUGUUCAGAUGAAGUAAAACAAUUAAUGGGAACUGUGGAAGAACUGCAGAAACGCUGUUAUAAAGACAGCCAGUCUGAAGCUGACAUUGUGCAAAGAAUGGAAUUGGAAACACAAAGGAGACUGGCACAACUUCAAGCUGAAUUAGAUGAAAUGCACGGCCAGCAGAUUGUACAAAUGAAGCAAGAAUUAAUUAAGCAACAUGCAGUGGAAAUAGAACAACGUCUUUUGCAGCAAAAAGUAGAACUGGAGAAAACUUCAAGUCUUUGUCUGAAUGAGAAUGUUAAUAAAGAUCAAAUGCAUUUAAUGAGUAUUAAAAUUAAUGAAUUGAAUGUGAAAUUGCAAGAUGCUGAUAAUGAAAGGGAAAAAAUAAAGCGAGAAUUGUCACAACAGGUGGAAGUAAUUUUAGCAGAGAAAUCUCUUCAACAAACUAAAAUUGAAGAUCUUUUCCAAGAGCUGAAUUUUUCAAGAGAACAGGUUCAAAGAGCCAAACAAACUAUAGUGGAUAUGGAAUGUAGAUUAAAUGAAGCUGAAAAAUACCAAUUUGUGAUUGAAGAAUUAAAAACUCAGCUGGCUUCUGCCUCUGAAUUUAGGAAGGAACUGGAAUUAAAACAUGAGGCAGAAGUUACAAAUUACAAAAUAAAACUCGAAAUGCUAGAAAGGGAGAAGGAUGCAGUUUUGGACAGGAUGGCAGAAUCUCAAGAAGCAGAAUUAGAGAGACUGAGAACGAAGCUUCUGUUUAGUCAUGAAGAGGAACUUUCCAGACUUAAAGAAGACUUGCAGAAAGAGCACAUGGUGAACAUGGAGAACCUUAAAGAUAACUUGAAUAUGCACCAUAAACAGCAGUUAGAUGAGGUACAAAAUGAAAUGAGUCAAAAGAUAGAAGCCAUGCAAUAUGAAAAGGACAACUUAAUCAUAAAGCAAAAUCAGUUGAUAUUAGAGAUUUCAAACCUAAAAGAUUUACAACAGUCUAUUGUAAAUUCUAAAUCUGAAGAAAUGACACUUCAAAUCCACGAGCUGCAGAAGGAGAUUGAAGUGCUUAGGCAAGAGGAAAAAGAAAAAGGUACCCUUGAACAAGAAAUUCAAGAGCUGCAGCUUAAAACUGAGUUGAUGCAGGAACAAAUGAGGGAGAGAGAAGACAGCCUUCAAAAAAAAUAUUCAGAACUUGAAACACAAAAUAACCUUCUUAAGGGGGAAAACAAAAGUCUAGAAGAGAAAUUAAAGACUAUGUUGGUAAGCUCAGAAGAAAAUGUAAUUUUUAACAACAGUGUUAGCUCUAAGUCAGAAAUUUUGGACUUGCAAAAGAGAAUAGAAAAGCUGAUUACUGAAAAUGAGCAACUUAAAAACCAAAACAGUCAACUCCAAGAGGAUACUGAAAGGCAGAAGAGUGCCUUUUCAUUUACUGAGAAAAAACUUGAAGCUGAUUAUAAAGAACUGCAGAAAGAAUGUGCAAGCCUUCAGAAGGCAAAAGCUGAGUUAGAAGAGAACAAGAAUAAGCAGGAAGCUGAAUAUAAAAGCAAACUCAAAGCUUUGAACAAAAGACUUCACGACUUACAAAGCAAUAGACCAGUUUUAUUUAAAACUAAAACUUCGGGUUUUGAAGGGAGUAAAGAAAUCAAGGUGUGCAGGGCAGACACAUAUGUGGCUGGAGAAGCUGUUGAGAAAGAUGCAACAGAACUUAUGGAAAAGCUUGAGGUUACCCAACGUGAGAAACUGGAAUUAUCCCUCAGACUUGCUGAUCUCUCUGAACAGUUGAAGUCAAAGCAUAGUGAAAUUUGUCAUUUAAACGAAAAAGUUAUAUCCUUAAAAGGUGAGAAAGAUCACGCUCUAGAAAAAUGUAAAGAACUAGAAGUCAUAAUUAGCCAUGCUCAGAGCAGAAGUAGUAGUAAUGACCCUAAGACAAAAUAUUCUAAAGGAAAAGCUCUAAAGACUGCUACUCCACCAUCUGAAAGUAGAAAUAAAACCCCUGAUCCAAGCAAUAAAGUUGAUGAAGGAAUAAAUGUAAGAGGAAACUUGGGUUCAGGUAAAGGUAUCAGUCAUGAGGUAUCAAAAAGAAAGGAAGUUCAGCAAAUGUUGAAAGCAGAACAGCAGUCUGUUGUGGAUCAUUUGCAUGGGAUGACAGACAGGCUGGCAGAUGAAACAUCGCUAAUAGCCGCUACACAGAGUGAAAAUAAUAAUCUUCAGCAGCAAGUGGAUGCCUUACAAUCAGAACAG